AUGGCACCCGCAGCAACAGCGAAGUAUAACUGGAUCUUGGCCAUCACCACCAUCGCUUUCGUCUUCAGUGCCUUCGGAAACGGUGCCAACGAUGUCGCCAACUCCUACGCCACCUCGGUCGCGGCCCAGACCCUCAACAUGGCCACGGCCGGUGUCCUGGCUAUCUUCACCGAGUUCAUUGGUGCAGUAGCCCUGGGUAAGCGAGUCAGCGAUACAAUCAAGAACGGAAUCAUCGGAAUCGACCGCUUCGAUGGUAAGCCUGGUGCGCUCAUGUUGGCCAUGGGCUGUGCCGAAAUUGGUAGCGCUUCGUGGUUGAUGUUCGCCACCUCCAUGGGAUGGCCCGUCUCGACAACACAGACUAUCGUCGGUGCCCUCAUUGGUGUUGGUUUCGCCUCCCAGGCUCCCAUCACCUGGGAAUGGACCGACGGCAGUGUCUCCCAGAUCGCUGCUUCUUGGGGUAUUGCCCCUCUCAUCGCAGCUGCGUUCUCGGCUAUCAUCUUCGGUACUCUCAAGUACAGUGUCCUCGAACGUGCGGAUUCCUUCAAGUGUGGCAUGCGUAUGAUUCCAGUCUACCUUGCCUUUACCGGAGCCAUCCUCGCCCUCUUCAUCGUCAUCGAAGCCCCUACAGCCCCCUCUCUGGAAGAGUUUGGUGCCGGCAAGGCGGUCGGUAUUAUUAUUGGCGUCUUCGCCGGCUGUCUCAUCAUUGGCUAUGUUUUCUUCAUUCCUUACUUCAAACGCCGUCUCAUCAAGAACGACGCCCGCGUCAGAUUCUGGCACCUCCCCCUCGGCCCCUUGCUGCUAUCGGAAAACCCUCCCCUCUACUUCCCCGGAAAGGGCGAUCAGGUCGUUGCCAACUACUACGAAGAUGCAUAUGGUGAAGUGCAGGCCGGCCACAAAAACGAAGACAAGGAGAAGGUCACCUCAAAUGCAGACUCUAUCGUGCCCACCCCCGAGAUUACAGCGAUGUCCAACUCGUCGCACCGCCCCGAACCCGUCGAACGUUUCAUCGACCCCGUCCGCGAACUCUCCUGGCUCAACCCCCGCAAGGCCUGGGGCUACAUCAAGUAUGUGCUCCUUCAGGGUGUUACACGUGAUGUGAUUACACACGACUCCGCUGAGUUGCGCGCCAUCCACGCACGUGCCAACCGCUACGACGACCGCGUCGAACAUCUCUGGACCUACUGCCAAGUUGUCUCCGCUAUCAUGAUGUCCAUUGCCCACGGUUCUAACGAUGUGGCCAACGCUGUUGGUCCUUGGGCUGCUGUCUACAGUACCUUCAACUCUGGAUUUGUCAACACCAAAGCUCCCACUCCCGUCUGGUUCCUGGUUGUUGCCGGUCUGCUGCUCGGUAUUGGUUUCUGGUUCUACGGAUACCACAUUGUUCGUGCCCUUGGAAACAAGAUCACCCAGAUGUCUCCCACGAGAGGAUUCAGUGUAGAAUUGGGGGCUGCUAUCACGGUGAUGUUGGCCUCGAGGCUAGGCCUCCCAGUCUCAACUACUCAGUGCUUGACUGGAUCAUCUAUGGGUGUCGCUCUCAUGAACUACGACCUUGGAGCCGUCAACUGGAAGCAGCUUGGCUUCAUUUUCGGUGGUUGGGUUCUGACUUUGCCUUGUGCUGGAUUGAUCUCGGGUCUCCUUUGUGUGAUGGCAUUGAAUGCUCCUCACCUGUAG